AUGGUGCUCUCCUUCCUUUUCAGGGGCUCCCUUCUCUCCCUCUGCUUGCUCCUCUCCGCCGGGCGUUCUGUACUCUGCUUGGUGGAAGACGCUUCUUUCUCCUUCUCCUUCCAGGGGUUCCAGGAGACUCCCGGUUCUGAAGCCGGGAUAGCUCUCUAUGGAGACGCAGUGGUGGUCAACUCGAGCGUGAGGAUCACCAAGCCGCGGGCUCUGAGCAGGGGAAGGGUCAUGUACAGGAGGCGCCUGGCCUUCGGAAGGAAGCCCAGCUUCUCCACCUACUUCUCUUUCUCAAUCUCCCCUCAGAAGGGAGACGGGCUCGCCUUCUUAAUAGCUCCGAGCAGCGUCCCGCAGGAAUCCCUCGACGGGCGGCUGUUUGGGGUUUCCCCCGGCGUGUUCGCGGUGGAAUUCGACACCUCCAUGGAUUCAGAGUACAAUGACCCCAAUGGGAAUCACGUCGGUGUCGAUCUUGGCUCUGCAACAUCCGUCAUCGUGGGGAACGUUUCCAAGCUCAGCCUGGUUCUUAACAACGGCGAGAAGCUUCACGCCUGGAUCGACUACGAAGGGGAUUCAAAGAUUCUGGAGGUAUGCCUGAGCAAGUCCGAGUUUCCGAGGCCGUCGAUUCCAGUGGUCUCCUUUCCGGUCGACCUCUCUGGCCUAAUCUGGAAGAACUCCAUGACCGUCGGCAUUGCCUCUUCGAGUGGAAACUCCACUCAGACCAGCGCUCUCUUCGCCUGGAAUUUCGCCCUGAAGCAUGCCGCCGCCUAUCUGAUGCACUCGGAGCCGCUGGAUCCCCGGCCCUUCUUCAACCCUCCCAACCAGCCGCAGGACCACAUGCGGAGAGAUUACCUUCCGGGGGUCCUCAUCGGCCUCGCCUUCGGGGCCGUCUGCGGCGCCAUGGUCAUCAUCCUCGCCCUGUUCGCUUGGACUGCUUUCAUGUACCGGCGUCCGCUGGGGCCCGUCGAGUAUUCCGUCCAUCCUGUGGAAUGCGAGAAUGAGAAGAUGGCAGCUGCGGCUGCAUACCUGUCGGCCGGCGGCGCCGUCAAGGUCUGA